AUCGGUAGCAGAAACAUUAACAUUUGCCGGGGAACUCCGAACAACGCAAAAUGUUUUUGAAGCUGUCAAUUGUUGCUCUUUUGAGUUUGGCUUGUCUGGCCAAUCCAAAUGCCAGACUCCAACCGACCCCGGAGGAGAAGAGGUUGGAGGAAGCAGGAGGUUUCUUCCAAGGUGAUAUGCGUUUCCCACCUGGGCGCAAUGGAAUAACGAAUACCAACCAAAGAUGGACUAACAAGAUUGUUUACUACGAUAUCAGUCCCUCUUUCACUGGACCAGAAAAGAACUACAUCAUUGGAGCCAUCAAUGCCAUCCAGGCUGCCAGUUGUGUUAGAUUCGAAAGAAGGAGCAACCAAAACAACUAUGUUUAUGUCACUCGUGAAAACUCUGGUUGCUGGUCUUAUGUUGGUAUGAUUGGAGGCAGACAAGAUUUGAACUUGCAAGCCAAUGGAUGUGUCUACCAUGGUACUGCCGUUCACGAGUUCCUCCAUGCUCUUGGAUUCCAUCAUCAACAAAGUGCUUCCAGCCGCGAUAAUUACGUCAGCAUUGAAUGGGGAAACGUCCAAUCUGGAACGGAGCACAAUUUCGACAAAUAUUCAUCAUCUCAAGUUACUGACUUUGGCUUUGGAUAUGACUACGAAAGUAUUAUGCACUACGACCAAUACGCUUUCAGCAAGAACGGAGGAAGGACUAUCACAACUCAUAACGCCGCUUACCAAAACGUCAUUGGAAACCGUAAUGAUUUGAGCCACUUUGAUAUCCAAAAACUCAGGGCUAUGUAUAAUUGCUAAAUAUUGCGUUGUACCAUUGAAAUGGAAUAAAGUUGAAAAAGGAUUCUGAUAAAUAA